AUGGCUAUGCUAUCAAAUAAUCCCCCCGCCGAUUUCGGGAACAAAGAAGAAAUGAGAUCUUACACCAUCUCAAACACACUUUUCGAGAUCGAUGCCAAGUAUGUGCCUAUGAAGCUCCUUGGAGAAGGCGCUUAUGGCGUCGUUUGCUCAUCCAUCAACCGCGAAACAAGCGAGAACGUCGCCAUUAAGAAAAUAAGGAAUGUCUUCGAAGAUCGCAUCGAUGCGCUGAGGACUCUUCGGGAGAUGAAGCUUUUGAGGAAAAUCAAGCACGAAAACGUCAUUAAGAUGAAGGAUAUCAUGCUGCCUUCCACCAAGAGAUCAUUCGUCGACGUUUAUCUUGUCUUUGAGCUCAUGGAUACUGAUCUGGGGCAAAUCAUCAGAUCACCUCAGCCACUUUCCGACGAGCAGUGUCAAUGCUUCAUUUUUCAGUUGCUUCGAGGACUGAAAUAUCUCCACUCGGCGAACGUAAUUCACAGGGACUUGAAGCCAGGGAACCUUCUGGUCAACAGUGAUUGUGAACUUAAGAUUGGCGAUUUCGGACUGGCUCGCACUAAAAGUCCGAGGGGUGAAGGAAUGAACGGCUACGUCGUCACGCGUUGGUAUCGUGCGCCGGAGUUGCUCGUUUGCUCUGAUAACUACGACGCUGCCAUUGAUAUGUGGUCAGUUGGAUGCAUCUUCGCUGCGAUACUCGGGCGCAAACCUCUCUUUCCGGGCACUGACAGUGCCCACCAGCUCGAGCUCAUUCUCAACACUCUCGGCGUUAACCAUGAUGCUGAUGAUUUCGACUUCGUCACUUACCAGCCAAUUCGAGACUACAUCGACUCGCUCCCGGAUAGUCCAGGCGUUCCCUUCGCCAGUAUGUUCCCCGAUGCCAAUCCACUGGCCGUCGACUUGCUGAAGAAGCUGCUCGUUUUUAAUCCGGCAAAGAGAAUCAAUGCUACGGAGGCAUUAGAGCACCCUUAUAUGGCUCAGUUGUAUGACCCUCUGCUCGACCCCGCUGCCAAGGGCCCCAUUGAUCUUGGCUUCGAUGAUGAUCUCGGGGAAGACAAGAUCAGAGAGAUGAUAUGGGAGGAGACGCUCUGCUAUCGCCCAGGAAAAGCUGUUUCAUGCAUUUUUUACCUUUUCUAUAUGUUGUUAAUAAUAGAUGACAAUCUGAGAGAUAGCACUUUAUUUUUGGUAACUCCAGUUGUUAUUGUACAGGGGAUUGAAGUAUGUAUGGUUCCAUCUCCUGAUAGGCCAGAGGAAGUAAAAUUUUCUGUACGCUUAAUUGAUACGGACUUAAACAAGUUAGUUACAUCAUGCAAUUGGAAACAUCAACAGAAGAUCUACUUGCAAUAUUCCUAA